GGCUGUGGCGGCGCCGCUUCCCGGGAACAACCGUCAAGACGCCGCCGCCGCCGCCGCCGCCGCCGCCGCGGAGGAGUCGGGCCGGGAGACGCGCGGGACCCUGCCUGGGCGUCGGCCGCGCCGCAGCCGCGAGGCGCCUCGGCGGGGCUGCGGGGGCCUCCCCCGGACUGGCUGGGGCUCGGCCGCCGCCCGCGGGACAGGGGCCUAGUCGCGCCGCCGCCUCGGCCGCCCCGACGAGCUGGAGAACAUCUAUAAUAGUCUUCUGAAUAUCAAACUUUUUCAAGGAUUUCUGAGGGAACCAAAUAUUUACUUACAUCAUGACUUAAUCUGAAUGCAAGAACAAGAAAUCGGUCUUAUCUUUCAAUAUAAUGAAGGGCUGUGUAUAAACACGGACCCUGACUCAAUUCGAAUGAAUAUUUUAGACAUGAGUUUACAUCGACAAAUGGGUUCCGAUCGAGAUCUUCAGUCUUCUGCUUCGUCAGUGAGCCUGCCUUCUGUCAAAAAGGCACCUAAGAAAAGAAGGAUUUCAAUAGGCUCUCUGUUUCGGAGGAAAAAGGAUAACAAACGUAAAUCAAGGGAGCUAAAUGGCGGGGUGGAUGGAAUUGCGAGUAUCGAAAGCAUACAUUCUGAAAUGUGUGCUGAUAAGAACUCCGUUUUCUCUACGAAUACCUCCUCUGACAAUGGAUUGUCUUCCAUCAGCAAACAAGUUGGAGACUUCAUGGAGUGCCCUUUGUGCCUUUUGCGGCAUUCCAAGGACAGAUUUCCUGAGAUUAUGACUUGCCACCAUAGAUCUUGUGUGGAUUGCUUACGACAGUAUCUAAGGAUUGAGAUCUCUGAAAGCAGAGUUAAUAUCAGCUGCCCAGAAUGUACUGAACGCUUUAAUCCCCACGAUAUUCGCUUAAUAUUAAGUGAUGAUGUCUUGAUGGAAAAAUAUGAAGAAUUUAUGCUUAGACGGUGGCUUGUGGCAGAUCCUGAUUGUAGGUGGUGUCCAGCUCCAGACUGUGGGUAUGCUGUGAUAGCGUUCGGAUGUGCGAGCUGUCCCAAAUUGACCUGUGGGCGCGAAGGCUGUGGCACUGAGUUUUGCUACCACUGUAAACAGAUUUGGCACCCCAACCAGACCUGCGAUGCUGCUCGGCAAGAGAGAGCCCAGAGUUUACGUCUCCGGACUAUUCGCUCUUCGUCCAUCAGUUACAGUCAGGAGUCUGCUGCGGCAGCUGAUGAUAUCAAACCAUGUCCACGCUGCGCCGCUUACAUAAUAAAGAUGAACGAUGGCAGCUGUAAUCACAUGACUUGUGCCGUCUGUGGUUGUGAAUUUUGUUGGUUGUGCAUGAAAGAAAUCUCAGAUUUGCAUUAUCUAAGUCCAUCAGGAUGUACUUUCUGGGGGAAGAAACCUUGGAGCAGAAAGAAGAAGAUAUUGUGGCAGCUGGGAACCCUUGUUGGCGCUCCCGUCGGAAUUGCUUUGAUCGCUGGCAUUGCUAUCCCUGCAAUGAUCAUUGGCAUUCCUGUGUAUGUGGGCCGGAAGAUUCAUAAUCGAUAUGAAGGCAAGGAUAUUUCCAAGCACAAACGGAAUUUGGCCAUAGCUGGUGGCGUGACAUUGUCUGUGAUUGUAUCUCCAGUUGUCGCUGCAGUGACUGUAGGUAUCGGUGUCCCUAUUAUGUUAGCUUAUGUUUAUGGCGUCGUUCCAAUUUCUCUCUGUCGAAGUGGAGGUUGUGGAGUCUCAGCAGGCAAUGGGAAAGGAGUCCGGAUUGAAUUUGAUGAUGAAAAUGAUAUCAAUGUUGGUGGAACUAACACAGCUGUAGAUACAACUUCCGUAGCAGAAGCAAGACACAACCCGAGCAUAGGGGAGGGGAGUGUCGGUGGUCUCACUGGCAGCCUGAGCGCCAGUGGGAGCCACAUGGACCGCAUUGGGGCCAUCCGUGACAACCUGAGUGAAACGGCCAGCACCAUGGCCCUAGCCGGGGCCAGCAUCACAGGCAGUCUGUCUGGAAGUGCCAUGGUGAACUGCUUCAACAGGUUGGAGGUGCAAGCAGAUGUACAGAAAGAACGUUCUAGUCUAAGUGGAGAAUCUGGCACUGUCAGCCUGGGGACAGUUAGUGAUAAUGCCAGCACCAAAGCAAUGGCAGGAUCCAUUCUGAAUUCCUACAUCCCUUUGGACAAAGACGGCAGCAGUAUGGAGGUGCAAGUGGACAUUGAGUCCAAGCCGUCCAAGUUCAGGCACAGCAGCGGGAGCAGCAGCGUGGAGGACGCCAGUGGUCCCCGGAGUCAUGCGGCCGGCCCCGCCAGCGGCCUGCCUGAGGGGAAGUCCGGCGCCCCCAAGUGGUCCAAAGAAGCUCCGGCAGGAAAGAAGCCCAAAAGUGGCAAACUGAGGAAGAAGAGCACCAUGAAGAUAAACGAGACCCGCGAGGACAUGGACGCGCAGCUGCUCGAGCAGCAGAGCACGAACUCCAGUGAGUUUGAGGCGCCAUCCCUCAGCGACAGCGUGCCCUCUGUGGCCGAGUCCCACUCGAGUCAUUUUUCUGAGUUCAGCUGCUCCGACCUGGAAAGCAUGAAAACGUCCUGUAGCCACGGGUCCAGUGACUACCAUGCUCGCUUUGCCACCGUCAGCAUUCUUCCCGAGGUGGAGAACGACCGACUGGAAAACUCCCCACACCAGUGUAGCAUUUCUGUGCUCCCCAAGACGGCCUCGUGUCCAGACGGCCCACAGUCGGCUCACAGUGCUGAGGAGCACGGCAGCAGCGGGAUGAAACCCAAGGUGGACUUGUACUUUGGGGAUGAACUCAAAGAAACCAAUAACAACCACUCACGCCAGACAGUGGAGUUAAAAGUUGCAAUUCAGACUGAAAUCUAGGCCUCUAAAUGCUGCAAAAAUCAUAACCACUGAACAACCUUGUUCGGGGCUCGUCGAACUAUAUGUGACAACUCGUAAGUUUCAAGUUACCAGCAAAUGCCGGGUUACAUGAUGCUCAUGCAGAUCCUUCUUCUGUGUUCAGCAAAGCAUUGUCUUUCACGUGGAUCUUAAAUUACCUGACCCUGAAAAGAAGGCUUUAAAAAUGUACUCUUGUAAGGACAAAAGAUCUGCAGAGAAGUUCUAUGUUUUGUGAAUUUGCCACAAAGCAUUGCUUGAAGCACAUACUUGUAUAUUUAGAUAGAAUUUGGCUUAAUUUAUACUCCAUAUAAAAUACUAAUGCAGCAUUCUGGUGGAGAAAACUUGAGACUUAGGGAGAAGUGGUUAGUGACAUUUUAUUGAAACCACUAUAGGAUACUGUUUAUAGGAUACUUGCCAGGUUACCCUCAGUAUAUGAUAUUCUUUGUAAUGUUUCUAUAACUCAGCAUAAAAUUCAUUUCUUCAUACAUGUGGAUAUAUAAAGCUUCGCAGCCCAUUUGCUACCAUUUGGAUACUUGGACACUUUGAGCAAGAUUGUGGCAGUUUUUGCACAACUUUGAAAUAGAAAUAUCUGGUACUCUAUUUAUCUUGUGUAUGGUUGAUGCCAUCAGUAGAAGAAAAGUAUAAAAGUAGGUAGUGAAGUAUAUUGACAGCACCAAAUGAGAUACAUAAAACUGCAAAAUAAAAUUUCAUUUGUAAGUAUUACAGAAAAAAACACCUUCCACUAAGGGGCCUCUCUGCCCCGUUGAUCCUCGGUGCCUUUGAAUAGACUGGAUUUUAAGGGCCCAGUUGCUUGAGAAUUUUGCUGUAUUGUUUUCCAUAGUGUCCUCUAUAGCACCUUGAUUAUGUAAAAAAAUACAGGAUAAACAUAAGUAUGAUUAAUAACAAUGCUGAAAAAAGUGUUAGCCUACCAAAGACACACUCAGGCUUUUGUGACUAUCUUUACAUAACCUCAUUUUUUAAUACAUGCGUACCUUUCCCAAUCAUGAAGUCAGAGCUUUGUGUCGAGCUUAGAUCAAUUGCUAAGGAGGGUCCACAUAGGGCUGGUUUUCUUUGCUUUUGCUUUUGUUUAUGGAAGACGUUUAGCUGACAUAAGCAGAAGUUGGCCAAAAUACUGCCUGUACUGUUAAUUUCCUGUAUAAUUUCUCUUAAAUAAAACAGGUUAACCUCAAUUACAGCAGUGAAAACUUUCCAUCCUACGUGUUUUUUUAUAAGUGUUACCAUGAUGGUGCUACUGAGCAUUUUUUUUUAAUAAAAAAUGCCAUGGGCUGCAGUCUUCUUAAUCACUUUUUCUUACAGGUUCACCCAGCUUAGAACACUAGUGCCAGUUAUUUUAUUUGAUUAUGCUUAUCGUAUUUAUAUAUUUGUUUGCAUUCCAAUUUUGUUCAGUAGUGAGUGUGUAAACUGCAUACAUGAAAUAAAUGUAAAUACUGAUGUAUUGCUGCCUUA